CGCCGGAGGGGGGGAAGGGCUUGCACUCCCGCUCCCACAAUGCAUGGCGCGCCCACCGAAAGUCGCGUGAGGCAGCGUUGCCGUCUCACGUGGAUGAACGCGUCACUUCCGUAAACACUCUAGAAAACCGAUGACAGGGGGAGCCGCGCAGAAAGUAGAACUGGAAAGCACCUGGAGUCUCACAUGACGAACGCGUCACUUCCGUAAACACUCUAGGAAACGGAUGAAACGGGAAGCUGUGCAGGUAGGGAACAGGCUUAUUACUUUUUUCAGUUUUCUUACUCUGAUCCAAUGUGCUUUCAGUGUGAGCUUUUUUUUUAACUGCUGAAGGACUACUUUGAGGAAGUGACAGAAUUAACUAAUAAAGAUUGAAGAGCAGCUGUAGGGGCACUGGCUCCACCUAGUCAUUAAUUUCCAGGAAAUGCCAUAUACCAAGCUCUCUUGCUGUUAUAAAACCAUAGUGAUGUGGUUUUUAUUUGGGUACAUAUAGGUUAUUUCUAGAAUAUUAAUGCAUUGUAAAUAUUACAAUUCUUCAGUCAUCUCUGAUUAUUCUACUUGGACUAUAAUUGAGUAAUAGUGGCUGAAAGGGUGAUUUCUAGUAGACACCAGUCAUGUAAAAGAACCUAAGUGUAGUAGAAUCGUUUAGUUACUAGUGGGGCUCUAGCUGACUUCGAAGGCCUAGAUUUGUGACCUGGUUCUGCUGCUGCUCAUACAGGCUUUUCCAGCUUAUCUUGAAAAUCAAGAUUUUCCUUUUUGGGUAAAGCAGUUGCUGCUGAUCUGUGAGGGGUUUAAAAACUAGACUCUUUUAUACAAUACACCUGAGCAUCACUACAGCUCUUUAUAAUAAAUAAUUUGUUUGCUCAUUUCAAUGGAUAUUUAACUAUUUUAUCCUUCAAUAAGAUAAGAAAUUAGUCUGAGCGCAAUAGUUAACCAGCGGAAAUGGAAGAAAGGAAAAUCAAGAGGAGGAGCCCCAAAUCAUCCAGUAGUCAUCUGACUCAGGUUGCUAAUGCCAAGAAAAAUUCUGUGCCAGUCAGUAAAAGUACAGCAUUUUCAAAUCCUGCACCACAAGCAAAUUCACAAAGACCAAAGUUAAAAAGAGGAAUAAAAGAAAAAGCCAAACCUCCAGGAGGGGAAGGAAAAGGGGCACAGGCAGCACCAAUACAGCACUCUUUUCUCACAGAUGUAUCAGAUGUUCAGGAGAUGGAGAGGGGACUUCUGAGCCUUCUAAAUGAUUUCCACUCUGGCAAACUUCAAGCAUUCGGAAAUGAGUGUUCCAUAGAACAGAUGGAACAUGUGCGGGGGAUGCAGGAGAAGCUAGCUCGCUUGAAUUUGGAACUCUAUGGGGAGUUGGAAGAACUUCCUGAAGAUAAAAGAAAACUUGCCAGUGACUCCAAUUUGGAUAGGCUACUAUCAGAUCUGGAAGAACUGAAUUCUUCUAUACAAAAACUUCAUUUAGCAGAUGCACAAGAUAUCCCAAAUACCUCCACCAGCUAAAAGUGUAGGUUUUUUUGAUUUAGAGACCUCUCCAAGAAGUCAUGUCCUUAUUUUUCAUAUGGAAUCUAGAGUCUUACUCAUUUUCCACAACAAAGAAUUAAAGUGCAAAUGCAAGUGAUUAUUUUCACACAUUCCUGUUAGCAGAUUUGAGCACUGCAAUAUAUCAGGGUUGGAAUCUAUUGCUCUAACUGCAAUGAUGUGCUGCUAUGCUUUCUUUUAUUGCCUUAUUUAAUAUAAAAGUGUUUGGGGAAAACUUGAAAGUACAUGCUCAGUGUUGUUCACAUGUCUGUUGGAUUUAUAUAUGUACAUAUAAUACGUUCACUAACAUUACUCCAAUUUUGACAAAGAUAGCAGUGAAGGUUUGUUGUAGCUGCCUUCCUGCCUGGUAUGUAGACAAUCUGCACACUCUUUAGUGUGUUUUGUUUGCCAUUAAAUGAGUGCUUAUUAAUUUAUUUAAAAAUAUGCCAUACGCUAUGUUAAAAAGUGUAGCAUCUGUUUAAUUAUGGUCAGAGAAAGAGCUCUUGUAUGAUCAGAAUUUUUAUAGUCAGUUUUUUCUCUUGCUCUGUCAGCCACUUUAAAAUUUAAAAUUUCACCCAGUUAGAAUUGGAAUACAUACUGGCAAUCCAUGUCAUUUGGUUUUGGCAAUUUUGAAUUCUCAGCAAUACUUACAGUGUCACUCCAUAAUAAAUCCAUUCUACACUA